AUGUCGCAUGCAGACACGCGGAACAAGUUUCUCGCAGUCUUUGAGGGCAUCCGGGAAGAACUGAUUGCGCAUAUGAAGUCCGAGAAUAUGCCUGAAGAUGCCAUUGCGUGGUUCAAUGAGAACUUAAUCUACAAUGUCCCUGGAGGUAAACUCAAUCGUGGCAUAUCCGUCGUUGACAGCGUCACAAUUCUCUUAAACCGCCUUCCAACCGACGACGAGUACUUCAAAGCCGCCCUCCUCGGAUGGUGUAUCGAACUUCUUCAAGCAUUCUUCCUCGUUUCCGAUGACAUCAUGGACCGUUCCAUUUCGCGCCGUGGCCAGCCGUGCUGGUACCGCGUCUCUGAUGUCAAAGGGCUUGGAAAGGUACACAAUAUUGCUAUCAACGACUCAUGCAUGCUUGAGGGCGCUAUCUACCACAUCCUCAAGAACCACUUCAGACGUGAGACCUAUUACGUUGAUUUAUUGGAGUUGUUCCAGGAGGUAACUUACAAGACCGAGAUGGGUCAACUCGUUGACCAAAUCACUGCCCCCGAGGACAACCUCAACAUAGACAAAUAUACCCUCUCAAAACAUACUUUCAUUGUGCAAUACAAAACAGCCUACUACUCUUUCUACCUGAGUGUUGCGCUUGCCAUGCGCAUGUGUGGUGUCCCGGACGCAUACGAGCUCAACGGAAAGACCGUCGAGCCAUACAAAGAAGCCGACCGGAUUCUCAUUCCCAUGGGCGAGUUCUUCCAGGUUCAAGACGACUACCUGGACUACCACGGCACUGAGGCGCAGAUCGGGAAGAUUGGUACGGACAUCAUUGACGGCAAGUGCUCCUGGUGCGUAUGUACGGCACUCACGCACGGCACCGACAUGCAAAAACAAUUCAUGUUCGAGAACUACGGCAAGAAGGGUCCAGAACAGACUACGAGGGAGCAAGCUGUGAAAGACAUGUACAAUGACGAGGAGGGGUUGAACAUUCCCAAGCGCUAUGAAGAGUAUUCGAAGAAUGCAAUAGCGGAGAUUAAUGCGAUGAUAGAGCUGCUACCAGAGCCUGGUGCGCAGGACGAGUUGAGGGAUGAUAGGUUAAGGCAGGACGUGUUCCGGGCUUUCCUAAGCAAGAUUACUGAUCGUACGGCGUAG